AUGGCGGCUCCCAACCUGAGCAAGUGGAGGCUCAAUCGACCAUUCAACCAGAAUCUCGUCAUGGCAUGUCUCCUGUUUUGUCUGCCCGGGAUCUAUCUCGCCCUUACAGGGUUGGGAGCGGGUGGAGGCGGUCCCAAUGCCUUGGUGGUGGCUCAGAAUACAAAUGCAAUUCUCUACGGGAUUUUCACCCUGUCUGGUUGGAUCGGCGGCGCCACGCUGAACUUGCUCAAACCAAGAGUGACCAUCGCUUUCGGCAGCAUCGGAUACCCGAUCUACGUCGGUGGUCUCUUCUAUUUCGACACCACGGGCCACAGCUGGCUCGCGUACUUCUCGGGCGUCGUUUUGGGUAUUACCGCCGGCUGGCUCUGGACGGGCGCCAGCUACAUUGCAUUGUCGUAUGCCGAAGAGCAGUACAAAGGAACGUACCUUGCCAUCCAAUGGGCCUUGAACUCGCUGGGUGGCACUGUGGGAGCGGCGAUUGCCUUUGGCAUCAGUUUCAAUGCCACGGGCGCGACGGGGGUCUCCAGUGCGGUGUAUGGCACCUUCAUUGCCAUCAUGCUGGCCGCCUGCAUCGCCUCGUGGUUUCUGGUGCUCGAUCCCAAGACGAUCGUACGUGACGAUGGCACGCAUAUCGCCGAAUUCGAGCCCACCAACAUCCGCACCGAGCUGGGCCAUCUGAGGGCGCUGGUGGUGGAUUGGAAGAUGUACGCGCUCGUGCCGACCUUCAUCGCGUCGGAGAUGUGCCUCGCCACCGUCAGCAGCAUCAACAGCUACUACUUCUCCCUGCGGGCGCGCUCGCUCAACAACGUGCUGUUCCAGUUCAUCAUGGUGCUGGCCGCGAUUGCGCUGAGCUUCCUCCUGGACAUGCGGCGGCUGUCUCGGCGUCGACGCGGCCUGAUCGCAUGCAGCUGCGUCGGCGUCAUCACCAUGGCCGCGUGCGCCGGCCUCGUGGGAUGGAUGAAGGUCAACGGUCUCGACGGCCGGCUCCCGGUCUCGCCGGACGUGGACUGGACCAGUGGCCGCUUCGCCGGCGGCGUCGUGCUCUAUCUGCUCUGGGGCAUCGUGUACGCGAGCUACCUGAUCAGCGCCAACUGGGUGGUGGGCUCGUUGAGCAACGAUCCCGCCCGGUGCGCCAUGUACUGUGGCUUUGCCAAGGGCACGGCGUCGCUGGGUCUGUGCAUCUGCUUCAUCUUGGACACUCAAUCCGUCACCUACAUGACGCAGGUCAUCAUGCAAUUUGUUCUGUAUGCAGUCGGCUCCUUGACCGUCAUCUACAUGCUCGUCUACCACGUCACCGACACCAACUAUUUCACCGAAGCGCAUGUCAUUGCUCCGACGCACGUGCAGGAAGAGGCCGCGACCAAGACGGCGGUUGUUGAGACGAAGGACGCCAUGCAUUGA